AGACAGACAAACAUCAAUCCUCUGUAUCGAACAAGAAAGAUGCUCAAUCGAUUGGUUCAAAAAAAGCAAAAAAGCCGGCUCUAAGAAAGGGCACCAAGGCUUGGCGCAAGAAUGUUGAUAUUUCGGAAAUGGAACAGGAUUUGGAUGACAUACGAGCUCAAGAACGUCUUGGCGGCCGUGUUACAGAAAUGCCAUCAGAGUCUCUUUUUUUCACCGAUACCAAGGGAGAUCAAAAUAUUCGCAAGGAAUUGAGGCUGAAACCUCUUUAUAUGGACCAGCUGCUUAAAUCUGACUCGGCCAUUCCAGGUUUAUUGUCACGCAGGUUUAUAAAGAAAACAACAAAAGUAGUUGAUCCAGAUGGCCAGCUAACCACAAAGUCUUGUGUGGUGUCUAAAUCUGCCGCCAAAAAAAUUGAAACUCUUGCUAAACGUAAAAAGGGAUUGGGUCUGAGUAUUGGAUCCGAUGCAGAAAAAAAGGAGGCAGAAAGGCGUAAGCAGCAGGAUAUGGUUCAACGUGCAAAAGGCGGUUUUGAUUUAUGGGGAAGCGAUGCUGUUCAAUCCAAUGCAGUCAAGGACAAAUAUUUAGCACGUACUCUACCACCCUAUAUUGCAAAAUAUACGACAAGUGAUUAUAGACCUAAACUCAUCCCAGCAGUGCGCAUUAGUCACCCAGGCACAUCAUACAAUCCAAAGGGUGAUGAUCAUCAAGCAGCUAUUCUUAUUGCAGCCGAUAUCGAGUUUAAAAAAAUCGCACAAGAAGAAGAGGCGGAAAAACAGCUUUCAUACCCAAAGGAGUUGGAUUUGCUGGACGAUAAUGACUACUUUGAUGAUACGGAUGACGAGGAAGAUAGUCAAGCGGAGGAUAGUGCUGCAGAAGGUGAAACGGCGGAAACUUUGCAAGAUGAAGCUGCUGCUAAAAAGAAAAAUCCAGCUCGUAAGACGCAGAAUCAACGGAGUAGAAGGGCUCGACAUAUCGAGUAUAAGCGUCGAUUAAAAAUGCAACAUGAGCGCAAUGAAUUUUUCGAACAGAUCAAUGGUGUGGACGCGAUUAACGAAUCAAUGGAAAAGCAAGCCGAAGCAAUGCAAUUGAACCAAGCGAAACGCCAAGCACUCCGAGAAACACUCAAGGAAACUAAACCAGCUCGAGUUGGUAAAUACAGUUUCCAAGCUGCACCUUUCGAGAUUCAACUCAAAGACGAGCUGUCGGGCUCACUGCGUACACUCAAGCCUGAAGGCAACAUUUUCCGUGACCGCUUCAAGAGUUUACAGGAACGCAACAUUAUUGAAGCAUAUGUCCCUGUCACUAAGAAGCGCAGAUAUCAGCCAAAGUUUACUGAAUCUCACGACUAUAAACGAUUUAAAUAAACGUAAAACCCUUCC